AUGAAACAAGUAAUGAUAAGUUAUUGCGGCAAUGCCGGAAACGUCGAAUAUGCUGUCACUAUGAUCCAUAUCGUCGGGCCAGGCUUGCAAUCUGGUAGAAAACUUCAUACGACGGCUGCCAUUUCGUCAGCCUCACUUGCUACUGAUUUAUACCAGCAGACGACCAUGUAUUCUGUACCUGAAGAGAGCAAGAAGGUCUUUCAACAAGGAAUACUAGAAAACCCGACCAUCAUUCCCAACCUGCCAAAAGACUUUCAAGAUCAUGCGAAAAAGAUCAAAUUCGAGGGAGAGAAUGCUCCAACCAUGCCAAUAAACUGGCGCUUCGCCGAGAGCAUCUCUUCGAUCAAAGCCUUAGAAGCCACGGUGCUUCUGUCGUUAUUGAAGAGGAAAUAUGAUGUGGAGCCUCAAGAAAUCAUCAUCAACACCGAUCAUGCACAACUUUUCAUCAUGUCCACUUUAUUGUGGGAGAUUGACCUUGAAGGAGCCAAAGUGACAUUACUCAACGGCAGCGACCCGAAUUCUGAAAAUGGAAAGCUGUUGGAAGACUGGUUCCCUUCGACCGAUAAACAUAGACUACAAAGGACGCACCAUCGUGCCUCUUGUACGAAUAUCUACAAGACAAAGGAUGGCAAAUAUUUCCAUCUACAUGGAAGCAUGAAUCCUGAUCCUAGCUUGGAUAGUAUUGGACUGCCCCAUGAUUUAGAACAGCCAAACCUCGAAGCGGCCUGGAGUCCAUUCAUGGAAAAGAUAGGGCAGAUAGAGUCGGAGGAUAUGCAAAAAAUAGCAUCAGAUGAGUACAAGCAAGCAGGGACUAUUUGCUGGACGAAGGAAGAAUAUAAAAAUAGCGAACAUGGCAAAGCCAAUGCCAACGCCGGACUCUUUGAAAUAAGACAUCACCUAAAUCCCACCCAAAUUCCAAGUUGGUGGCCAGAGACGGAACAAACUGGCCCGAAGCGUCCUUUAGCUGGCCUGAAGAUCGUUGACAUUACUCGAGUUAUCGCAGCUCCAGUAAUCGCCCGAGGCUUAGCAGAGUUGGGUGCGAGUGUCAUGAGAAUUACAGCUCCACAUCUUCAAGACUACUCUUCAUUACAUUGCGACCUGAAUUGGGGAAAAUGGAACACUCAUUUGGACUUUCGAAAUAAGGAUGAUCUCCAGAAAGCCAAGGAGCUUAUUCGCGAUGCGGACAUAGUUGUUACUGGUUACCGCCCUGGAGUUCUUGAUAAAUACGGGCUUGGAAACGAUGGCAUUCGGGAGCUAGUCAAAGACAGAAGUCGGGGGAUCAUUAUCGCCAGAGAGAAUUGUUACGGUUGGCACGGUCCAUGGUCAUACCGAAGUGGAUGGCAACAAAUCAGCGAUGCAAACUGUGGCGUCUCCAUAGAAUUCGGCCGAGCAAUGGGUAACGAUGAGCCCGUUACACCUAUCCUUCCAAACUCAGAUUACUGCGCCGGAGUAACAGGUAUCAUAGGAAUCCUCCAAGCACUAAUACAACGCUCUGAAACAGGGGGGUCAUAUGACGUAGAUGUGGCUCUGAAUUACUACUCUCAAUGGCUUGUUAACUCAUGUGGCAUGUACCCCCAAGAAGUCUGGGAUGAUGUGUGGUCAAGGAACGGCAAACCAGUCUUUCGACAUUACCACAAUAUGAACUAUACGCUACCUAGAUUCUUCCAAGCCAUGAUACAAUCUGGUACUGGCGAGACGAUUUUACGAGAUGAAUACUUUGAGAAUAGAGAAACCAAGGCAGUUGGGGUAAAAAUCAAAACCGUCAAGCCGAUUUUACAAUUUCCAGGCAAAGAGGUGGAAUUGAGGUACAAUGUUGGUACCAGGCCCAAUGGUAUUGAUGCAGCCCAUUGGCCGACCGACCUAAUGACAGAGAUAGUUGUACAAGUAUAA